AUGGAUAUGAGCCAUGCCAAUGAAGUUGAUGUGAAGCUUCUUGAUUUGCAAGAAAAGAAAGUCUUGCUUGAGAGGUUGGUCGGAGCAGUGGAAGAAGGUCAAGAGAGCUUCUUGUUGAGGCUCAAGAACCGCAUUGAUAGAGUUGGAAUAAGCUUUCCUACAAUAGAAGUCAGAUUUGAGCAUCUAAACAUUUCAGCUGUAGCUUAUGUUGGAAGCAGGGCUUUGCCUACAGUCUUGAACUAUUGUGUUAACUUAAUGGAGGGCUUCUUGAAUAGCAUCCAUAUUCUUCCCACUAAGAAGAAACACUUGUCUAUCCUUAAAGAUGUCAGUGGGAUCAUCAUGCCUGGCAGAAUGGCACUGCUUUUGGGCCCUCCAAGUUCCGGGAAGACCACGCUCUUGUUGGCUUUGGCUGGAAAACUUGAUCAGGAUCUCAAGUCUUCAGGAUGUGUGACUUACAAUGGUUAUGAGAUGCAUGAGUUUGUGCCUCAAAGGAGUGCUGCCUAUAUCAGUCAACAUGAUGUUCAUAUUGCAGAAAUGACAGUCAAAGAAACCUUGGCCUUCUCUGCAAGAUGCCAAGGGGUUGGACCCCGUUAUGAAAUGCUGGAAGAGCUAACUAGAAGAGAGAGAGAAGAGAAUAUUAAGCCGGAUCCAGAUAUAGACAUCUUCAUGACGGCAAUUUCAACAGAAGGCCAGAAGGAGAUAUUGGUGACAGAUUAUAUUCUUAAGAUUUUGGGAUUAGAUACUUGUGCAGAUACCUUGGUGGGGGAUCAGUUAUUAAGGGGUAUCUCUGGAGGGCAAAAGAAACGAGUCACAACAGGUGAGAUGCUUGUUGGACCCGCUAGGGCACUUUUCAUGGAUGAAAUAUCAACUGGCUUGGAUAGUUCAACGACUUAUCAGAUUGUAAAUUCAGUCAAGAACUAUGUUCACAUCCUUAACGGGACUGCAGUCAUCUCACUGCUGCAGCCAGCACCUGAAACUUAUGAACUUUUUGAUGACAUUAUUCUCCUUUCUGAUGGCCAAAUUGUGUACCAAGGCCCUCGUGAACAAGUUCUUGAUUUUUUUGAAUCCAUGGGCUUUAAAUGUCCCGAGAGGAAAGGCAUAGCUGACUUCCUGCAAGAAGUGACAUCAAGGAAAGAUCAGGAGCAGUACUGGACAAACAGAGAUGAGCCUUUCAGGUUCAUCACAGUCAAGCACUUUUCGGAGGCUUUUCAAUCUUUUUCUGUGGGGAAAAGAAUUACUGAGGAACUUGCAGCUCCAUUUGACAAGACCAAGAGUGACCCAGCUGCCUUAACGACCAAGAAAUAUGGUAUAAGAAAAGUGGAACUCUUGAAAGCUUGCUUUUCAAGGGAACUCUUGCUUAUGAAGAGGAAUUCAUUUGUCUACGUUUUUAAGCUCACUCAACUUGCAAUAAUGGCACUGAUCACAAUGACCGUAUUCCUACGGAUUGAUAUGCACCGUGAUUCAGUAACUGACGGAGGAAUAUAUGCUGGUGCUUUGUUCUACUCCUUUGUUACUGUUAUGUUCAGUGGAAUGUCAGAGAUUUCUAUGACUAUUGCCAAGCUUCCUGUUUUUUACAAGCAAAGAGACCUCUUUUUUCCGUCGUGGGCAUAUGCCCUUCCCACAUGGAUUCUCAAGAUCCCUAUCACAUGGCUUCUGCGUUUAAACCGAUCCAUUGCUGGAAUGGGUAGAAGCAUGGUUGUUGCUUACACAUUUGGGUCAUUUGCACAGCUCAUGCUUUUUGCUUUGGGUGGCUUCAUCCUGUCAAGAGAGAAUAUACAGAAAUGGUGGAUAUGGGGCUACUGGAUAUCACCUUUGAUGUAUGGGCAGAAUGCAAUCGUAGUUAAUGAGUUCCGGGGAAAGAGUUGGAGUCAUGUUCUUCCAAACUCAACGGAACCGCUAGGAGUUGCUGUUUUGAGGUCUCAUGGAUUCUUUACACAUCCAUCUUGGUAUUGGAUUGGAGUAGGAGCUUUGAUUGGAUAUAUACUCAUAUUCAACGUUUGUUUCACUGUGGCUCUCACUUAUCUAAACCCAUUAGAGAAGCAACAGGCUGUUAAAUCGGAAGAAUCUCAAAGCAAAGAACAUGACGAGAAGAGUGGAGAAGUUGGUUGGUCACAGAACAAAGGAAAUAGCUUGAUUCCACAAAUCAACUCAGAUAAUGGAGAAGAGUGUACUAAUCAUAACAAGAAAAGAGGAAUGGUUCUUCCAUUUGAGCCGCAUUCCAUCACGUUUGAUAAAAUCACAUACUCUGUGGAUAUGCCACAGUCAAUGAAGAACCAAGGUGCUGUUGAGGACAAAUUGGUGCUUCUCAAGUGUGUUAGUGGUGCUUUUAGGCCAGGUGUUCUGACAGCCCUUAUGGGAGUGAGCGGUGCCGGUAAAACUACUCUAAUGGAUGUACUGGCUGGUAGAAAAACUAGAGGAUAUAUUGAGGGAAAUAUUUCAAUUUCUGGGUAUCCAAAGAAGCAAGACUCAUUUGCCAGAAUUUCUGGAUACUGUGAGCAGAAUGACAUCCACUCUCCUUAUGUUACUGUCUAUGAAUCCUUGAUGUACUCAGCAUGGCUGCGUCUAUCUACGAAAAUUAGUUCUGGAACCAGGAAGAUGUUCGUUGAUGAAGUGAUGAGACUCGUAGAGCUGAAUCCAUUAAGGCAAGCACUAGUUGGGUUACCUGGUGAAAGUGGUCUCUCAACCGAGCAGCGGAAGAGGCUGACCAUUGCGGUUGAACUAGUGGCAAACCCUUCUGUAAUAUUCAUGGAUGAACCAACUUCGGGUUUAGAUGCAAGAGCUGCUGCUAUUGUUAUGAGAGCGGUUAGGAACAUUGUGGACACGGGAAGAACAAUAUUGUGCACUAUUCAUCAGCCAAGCAUCGACAUAUUUGAAGCUUUCGAUGAGUUGUUUUUAAUGAAGCAAGGAGGACAGGAGAUGUAUGUAGGGCCACUAGGUCGUCAUUCUUGCCAUUUGAUCAAGUACUUUGAGGGAAUUGAGGGGGUGAGCAAAAUCAAGAAUGGCUACAAUCCAGCUACUUGGAUGUUAGAAGUUACCACUUCAGCAAAAGAAACGGCAUUAGGAAUUGAUUUUGCUGAUAUUUAUAGAAGUUCUGAAAUUUAUAGGAGAAACAAAUCCCUUAUUGAGGAACUGAGUACCCCUGCUCCUGGUUCACAGGACCUCUACUUCCCUACUCGAUACCCUCAGUCAUUUUUCACUCAAUGCAAGGCUUGCUUAUGGAAACAACAUUGGUCAUACUGGCACAAUCCGGAAUACAAUGCCAUAAGGUUGAUCUACACAACUGUGGUAGCCUUGCUGCUUGGGACAAUGUUCUGGAAUCUUGGUUCCAAAAUGGAAAAACAGCAAGAGCUCUUUAAUGCAAUUGGUUCUAUGUAUGCUUCUGUUAUCUUUCUUGGUAUUGAAAAUGCCAUGACAGUGCAGCCAAUAGUGGCUGUUGAACGAACCGUCUUUUAUAGAGAACGAGCUGCUGGAAUGUAUUCUGCCUUGGCAUAUGCCUUUGCACAGGUCACAAUUGAGGUCCUUUAUGUUUUUGCACAAGCUGUGAUCUACAGUGUCCUAGUUUAUGCGAUGAUUGGAUUUGAGUGGACUGUGGCUAAAUUCUUUUGGUACCUAUUCUUCAUGUUUUUCACAUGUUUGUACUUCACCUUCUAUGGCAUGAUGGGGGUGGCCUUGACACCAAAUCAACAUGUUGCUGGUAUAACUUCUAAUGCAUUUUAUGCAUUAUGGAACCUCUUUUCUGGAUUCAUCAUCCCACGAACUAGAAUUCCUAUAUGGUGGAGAUGGUACUAUUGGGCAUCCCCAAUGGCUUGGACCUUGUAUGGAUUGACUGUAUCACAGUUUGGAGAUAUACAGGCCAAGCUCAACACAGGUGAAACAGUACAAGAGUUUCUGAGAAGUUACUUUGGUUUCAAACAAGAAUUUCUAGGAGUGGUUGCAGCUGUAGUUGUUGGAUUUGCACUACUCUUUGCAUUUAUCUAUGCCUUCUCCAUCAAGAUGUUGAAUUUCCAAUGGAGAUAA